AUGUCCCAACCAAGAAUCUCGAAGCCGAACAUUGUCUUUGGGACAGCCCUCAUUAGCAGUUUCGCUCCAGAUAUUCUUAAUUCGAUUCUAGAAACGCUAGAGAAGCAUUCACCAGAAAGUGAGGUGACUCUUAGAAAGGUUGAAGCAGCUAAGAGAUUCGUGAUUUCGACCAAGGCACCUGGCUUGUUUGAGGGUUGCCUUGGCAAGCAAAGCGUCCUUGAUGGAAUGAACAAAAGCUUAGAAGAAUUAGGGGUUGAUAAUGUGGAUAUCUACUAUCUGCACAUGCCAGAUCAUGUCACACCAAUCAAAGAAACUCUUUCCGCUAUCCAGCAAUUAUACAGCGAAGGGAAAUUUAAGAGGUUUGGCGUGAGCAAUUACACCGCGAAAGAAGUUCAAGAAAUCUAUGAUAUCCAAGCGGCAGCGGGCUCAGUCUUGCCAUCUGUUUACGAAGGCAAUUAUAAUCCUGUAGCGCGACUUACGGAAAAGUCCCUUUUCCCGACUCUACGUAAACUUGGAAUGAGCUUCUACGCUUAUUCCCCAUCAGCUGGAGGCUUCCUCGUCAAGGAUUCCGCCACUCUUCGCUCAAAUACCGACACUGGCAGAUUUGGCCCUGACCACUGGCUCUCACCUAUGUACUCCGCGAUGUAUAACAAAGAAUCCAUCUACGAUGCUCUCGACGAGUGGGGAGUGAUUGCAAAAGAUGCCGGCAUUAGUAAGGCAGCUUUGGCUUAUCGUUGGGUAACUUACCAUAGUAUCUUGAAGCAAGAAUAUGGCGAUGGAGUCAUCUUCGGAGCCAGCAACUUGAAACAGCUUGACGAGACCUUGAACGCUAUCGAUGCUGGCCCGUUGGACGAAGCGAUUGCCGAAAGAGUCGAACUCAUCUGGAAGAUGGUUGAACAUGAAGCUCCGCUAGACAAUUUCCAGAGCUACGUUAGUAUACAAGGCAUGCCCAAGAACGAAAGAAAAUAG